AUGCCGGUUGGGGAAGGGUUAGGAGUUCAUGGCGGGAAAUGGGGCUCUGCACCAUACUUGAAGCAUCCACUGCUUCCUUUAGCGCAGGUGGUUGCCGGGCUCCUGAUGUUCGCACCAUUGCUUACGGCCUUUUGGACACCUUGGAACCACAACUGCUGGGGCGUUUGUACUAGCUACGUGCAACUCAGCAUUGGAGGAACUGUGCCUUUCAGCAUCCUGAACCACUUCGGCCAUGCUGCAGCUGGACGAUGGGUGCCGGUUUUGCAAAAGCUUGACAGGAGCUUUAUUGCAUUGUCAAGCAUUGCGGGGAGCUAUGCACUGUCGCAAGAUGUGGCCUUUACUAUGGGCUCAGUUCUUUUGGCAGCUACAGCGAUUUGGAUGAUGUGGUUUGCCAGUCCGAAAUAUCGCGACAGCGAAAGCCUGGGCACUGGCUUAGUGGUCGUUAGUAUUUGCUAUGGUUUGCUGCCUAUGAUUCUGCACCGGGCUACUCUGGAUCCAAAUCUGCUGCCAGCUGCUGGCUCUAUCCUCGCCGGCUUUACCCUCUUCCAGCUGGAUCCAUUAGGAGUAUGGACGGAUUCUGCAUGGCACUUGCUUUUGGCGAUGGGACUUGAACCCCCUGCUCUAGUGGUGGCAAGCCUGGCCAAGACGGCUGGAACCUUGACACCCGAGGAGUUCAUUGCUGCACUGAGGCCUUUGACAGGGAAAAGCAUCACAGCAUCGGGAGGCCGUGGCCUCCUCACAGCUGCAGCAACCAGAGCAAUGGGACAGCUGAAAAGCUCUCGACAGGCUUGGCAGCUUGAUGGCCUUUGCAAAGCUCUGAGGCUCGAUGUGGGGGAGGUGAUCCCCGAUGAUGAGAUAUUCGAAGAGGACAGCCGUGCACAGCAGUUCAAUCAUUCUGAAGGUCGAAUUGAACAUUUGGCUGAUGUCAUAUUGACUUUGGUACAUGAUGCCAAGCUUCGGGCAGAAGCACAUGAUGUGGAGUCAGAUAUUUCAGCCAACAAUCCCCAGAAGUUGAAGGAAGACGCCAAGGAGAUCAUGGACUUGUUGCAGGCCAUGUCGUCUCGAAUGGGGCCGGCAGAGGCCGCUCAUCUCGGGGCUGAAAUUACCAUCGAUGAUAUCUCUAGGAUUCUCAAUGUGACCAACCUUCAAGGUCAUUUUGAAACCGUGGAAGACGAGUGUAAGGAUUGCUUCCAGGGGGACAUGAAGCCUGAGAAUGAGCAGCAGUUGCUUGACUUCAUUGAUGCCGCGAUGAAAGCACAGCUGGGAGGACCUAUGGGCCUCAAGGCAGCCAGGAGGCUCUCUGCGAAAAAGAGGCGUUUCGGCGCUGGGAAGCCCUGGAAGGGUGCUGACAUGAAAUACUGCAUUCAUCCUCAAGCUGAAAAGCAUCAAGGAUACAAAGAAGCAGUUGACAAAGCAAUGAAGGCCAUCACGAAGGCAGUCCCAUGCAUCAAGUUCACAGAUGUAGGGUAUGACUGGGCCGACUACACUCAAAACUACGACGGAAAAUGCGCACAGUCGCCAGCGGUCCUGUUCACUCGGUGGACUGGCGGUUGCAACUCCUAUGUUGGUAUGUUAACCCACAAGAAGUCGCAAGGAUUGAACUUGGCCAAUGGCUGUUUGACUAUGGGCAUUGUGAUUCAUGAGAUUCUUCAUGCUUUAGGCAUGGCGCAUGAGCAGUCCCGCCCGGACCGGGAUGCUUAUGUAUAUGUCUAUGAAUCACGCAUCAAAGCAGGACAAAAACACAACUUUGAUGUAGGAGAAGAAGGGGAUAUGGCUCGUCCGUAUGACCUCCUUUCCAUCAUGCACUAUUCAGCUGAUGCCUUCAGUACAAAUGGAAAGCCAACCAUUGUAGCCAGAGACAAGGCCUUUGCGAGCUACUCCGGCACCGAGCGCGAGAAGAUCAAAAUGGGGAACCGCGUGGGUAUGACCCAGCUGGAUGCCGACCAGCUGGCAGACCUCUAUACUGCUGAGCGAGGGUAUUGUGUGAGUGCACUGCUGACAGACACCAAGUGCACUGACAUGAUUGUGGAUGGCAAGCCUUGGGCUGAUAAGUGGGGCUCAGGUUGUGAUGCCUACAAAAAAAAUGGCGACUGCUCCAAGUGGGUAUCUGCAACUUAUUGCUGCGGUUGUGGAGAGGGAGGUGCACAGGAGCAAGUCUGGUCCCACGAUUGCGACCUUUGCCCAGGCACUUCAAUUAAACCAGCGACAUGCACUUGUGGGCAAAGUUCUUCGGGGACUGGAACAGUUUGCAAGAAUGAAGAAUUUAAGGCUGGCACCUUCAACCCUCGACCCUUUUGUCGGUGCGAGGAGGGCCACUUGGAAUGGUGUGCCAUCUACACUGGCUUCACCACAGAUGGCUGCAGGUGCAAGAGGAAGCCGAAGGGUUGGACCUUUGAAGGAGGCCAAGUUGCGGGGACGUGUGGUGAUCCCAACUCCGACGGCUAUGACUGGUGCUACACGACUGGCGAGUGCGAACACACCUGGGGGAAGUGUGAGUUGGCAGACUAA